UUGGGUGGCGAGUGCUGGGAGCCAGGGACCCAGGUUCUGGAGACUUCCUGGUGGGCUUCCCACUUUUACACGUUCAUGUUCCCACCCCAGAAAGUCCCUAAGGAUCAGGGCUGGGCACAGCCUGGUGCGGCAGCCCCUGAGGGGCCCCCAGUUGCCUACACUUGGUCCUGUGGGCAGAGGAGCAUGCAGGUGGGCCUGGGGUCAUUACGCCCUGGAGCUGACCCACAUUGCUGGGAGCUGAAAGAUGCCAGCGUUUGCAGUGCGACUUGGGUGGGUUCCUGCCCCCUGAGCCCUCUGCACCUCCAGAGCCUCCAUUCCCGGGACUGUGCUGGUCCAGCUCCCCUGAGCCAGGUCCCCCACAGACUCUGGAGUGCAGGGGUAUGAACUGGGCAUGUGUGUCUGUGGCGUGUGCCCUGGGGCGACAUGGUGUGAGGGCCUUGUCCCUGCUAGCUAUGCCCCUAAGGGUUGGCCCCGCCUGUUUCUGAGGGGCAGCGCCUUGCCCUGGCUGGCCUGUACCAGGCCCUGGGGUCAGCAGAGGAUCAGACCAGAUUCUGCCCGGGAGCCCUGUCACCCCAGAGCCUUCCCUCUGUCUGUCUCAGCCUUCCCAUCAGACUCCCUGGCCACCACCUCUCCCCUCUCCCAAGUCCAAACGCCCUAGCCAUCUCAUGUCCAAUUUAUAGAAGGGGCAGUGGGCCUUGUGCAGGGAUAGGGCAGGCCAUGGCUUCACUGCUACUAGGCAGUUGAACCAGGUGUGAGCUUCUCUAGGAUGGAGUAGUGGGGGGCGCUUCUCCCCAUAUAGGAGCCCCUACCCUCUGGGCCCUUUCCCUAUGCUCCACUACCUACUGUGCCCUGGGCAGCCACUGGGUAGGCCCUGCCCUGAGCUGGGGCGUGUGGUUCUCUCCUCCAGGAAGGCAGGGCUGGACCCUCCUACAGCCUUGGCAGGGGGAGGCAGUGGUUUCUGUAAGGGCAGCUGGAUGCUCUGCCUUGUCCCAGCAGCAGUUAGGACAAGCAGGCUCGGGUACUAUCUGAGGGACCAGGAUGUAUCCCCACUUCUGGUUCCUUACCUGGAGCAGCAGGUCAGGGCUGGAGUCCUGCCUGGAGGGCCUGAUCUCCCCUCCACACCCCUGCAGAGAAAGAACGUGCACAUCAACGACAACGUCCUGCACUCGGCCUUCGAGGUGGGCGCCCGAAAGGUGGUGUCCUGCCUGUCCACCUGUAUCUUCCCUGACAAGACCACCUACCCUAUUGAUGAAACUAUGAUCCACAACGGGCCGCCCCACAACAGCAAUUUUGGGUACUCCUACGCCAAGAGGAUGAUUGACGUACAGAACAGGGCCUACUUCCAGCAGCAUGGCUGCACCUUCACUGCUGUCAUCCCCACCAACGUCUUCGGGCCUCAUGAUAACUUCAACAUCGAGGAUGGCCACGUGCUGCCCGGCCUCAUCCACAAGGUGCACCUGGCCAAGAGUAGUGGCUCAGCCCUGACGGUGUGGGGCACAGGCAAGCCGAGGAGGCAGUUCAUAUACUCGCUGGACCUGGCCCAGCUCUUUAUCUGGGUCCUGCGGGAGUACAGUGAGGUGGACCCCAUCAUCCUGUCAGUGGGUGAGGAGGAUGAGGUUUCCAUCCAGGAGGCGGCCGAGGCUGUGGUGGAGGCCAUGGACUUCCACGGGGAAGUCACCUUUGAUACAACCAAGUCAGACGGGCAGUUUAAGAAGACAGCCAGUAACAGAAAGCUGCGGGCCUACCUGCCUGACUUCAGGUUCACGCCAUUCAAGCAGGCUGUGAAGGAGACCUGUGCUUGGUUCACUGACAACUACGAGCAGGCCCGGAAGUGAAGCCAAGUGGUGGGAGCAGGUACCUGUGGGGGCUCCGCUGGAGAGAGCCCAGUGGCUGCCACCCCCAGACCCAGCCAGGAGCUAAGGGUACUGCCUGGCAACCUGGGCCCAUGUUCCACCUCGCCCUGUGGCUCUAGGCAGCUGUCCAGCGGGGCUCAUUCCUAUCUGUCUCAGGGAAACCAAGGCUGGGGCAGGCCCAGUACUUUGCUCCCCACACUGGUUCCUGGUCCUGAGUGUGUCCACUCUGAUCCUGCUCUCCCACUCCCAUGGAGCUAAUAAAGUACAUUUUCACAGGCCUGGCCUCAGCA